AUGAACCAGAGAGGGAGGAAGACUCACCACCACAAUUUCAUUGGAACUCAUCUUAGAGAGGGAGAGAGAAAUGGAAGGAGAAAGAGGAACAGUGUGUGUUACAGGGGGCACUGGGUACUUGGCCUCGUGUUUGAUCAUGAAGCUCCUGGAGCAAGGCUACUCUGUUAACACCACCGUCAGACCUCACCCUGAUGGUAACAAGGACAUCAGCUACCUCACAGGCCUACCGGGAGCGAAGGAGAGACUCCAGAUUUUCAAAGCAGAUCUCAACGAACCAGAGAGUUUCAAUGAGGCCAUUGAAGGGUGCGCGGGAGUCCUUCAUCUGGCUCAUUCCCUCGAUCUUGCUGACAGAGAACCAGAAGAAAUAGCCACCAAAAGGUCCUUGGAAGGAACCUUAGGAAUUCUGAAAGCAUGUCUGAAUUCAAAGACAGUGAAGAGAGUUGUUUACACUUCAAGCGCAGCCGCGAUUCUGUUCAGUGGCAAUGGUCAAGAAGUGGUGGAUGAGAGUGCAUGGACAGACAUAGAUUACUUCAAGGAUCUAAAAUUGACUGCCCGUUCUUACACGUCUUCGAAGACAAAAACCGAAAGGGCUGCUCUAGAAUUUGCUGAGCAGCAUGGACUGGAUCUAGUGACUUUGAUUCCUUCUCUUGUUCUUGGUCCGUUCAAUAGUCCCAGAAUCCCAGCCUCGUUCUACGUGGGGCUGGCUAUGAUCAUGGGCAACAGGAAUCUAUAUCGACUUCUUAUGGAGUCAAAUAUGGUACAUGUGGAGGAUGUGGCCAUGGCACAUAUCUUCCUUCUCGAGUAUCCUGGUGCGAAAGGGAGGUACAUCUGUUCAUCAGAUAGAAUAUCACUGAAUGGGAUGUCCGAAUUUCUUUCUGCUAGAUACCCAGAUCUUCAAAUUCCAACAAAAGAGUCCUUGAAGGACAUUACAGGUUACAAACAAUGCGGCCUCUCGUCGAAAAAGCUCCUGGAUUGUGGAUUCAGAUUCGAGCAUGGUCUUGAGGACAUGUUUGAUGGAGCUAUACAAUCCUGCAAGGAGAAGGGGUUUAUUUAGAAUAAUCUUGGCAACAACUUAUCCUUUUCUUCUCUUCUUAAGUGAAUAAUGGGUUUGUUAAUUGAGAUUAAUAAGUAAUUUCAACAGCACUUUCUUUCUCCAAGACAGUUAUUGAUAAAAGUAAACGAUCAGAUCAUUCCACAAAACAACCCGUGUUAAUUUUUAUUGUUAACUUAAUUAAGACAAAAGGCUUUUUAUAUUCAAUAAUAGUGAAUCAUUGUCAUCC